AUGGAAACUUCCCGAGAACCUCAUUUCUUCAAGCCUCUUCUUCCUGGUUUUCACAGUGGCGUGGCAAUACCACUUGACUUCUACUCAAAACACAUACAAGGGGCUGAGAUCAAUAAACCAUGGAAGCUAAGAUCGGACGCUUCGGAUCAAAUUUGGGAGGUGAUCCGAGAAGGCAGGACACUCACUAAAGGUUGGAAAGAGUUCACCGAAGCACAUGAUCUUCGAAUCGGUGACAUUGUCAUCUUCAAACACGAAGGAGACAUGGUCUUUCAUGUGACUCCUUUUGGUCCUAGCUGUUGUGAGAUUCUGUGGUCCGACGCGGAUGAUGCUCCUACUUUCUCAUACGACUACUGCUUCUUGGCUGAGGUUACUCCUACAAAUCAAAAGGACGACAAAAUGUUUCUUCCUGUGGAAGCUAUGAGGUGUGGUGCUUUGAACCAACAAUGCAAAGAGGUCAAACUUGUCAACAAGGAGGGAAAGUCAGGACUGCGCGCUUCGGAUUUAGCGAAUCAGACGGCGCAUAUUACAUCAGCAGAGGGUGGAGAAAGUUCUGUCGUGAUAACAGAUGCACCAACGGAGAUUUGUUUGUGUUCAACGUGGUUGGAGACGGGACGACAACUCCAUUACUGUGUGUAUGUCCGGAAAGGAAGGAGUGUACUGAAUUACUAAU